AUGUUAGAGAGUUUCAAAAUUGCGGAUCUUGGAUGUAGUUCUGGACCCAACACACUUCUAUUUGUGUCGGAGAUUAUCGACACCAUCAAUAAGUUGUCCAAGCAAAAUAGUAACAAAACUCAAGAGAUAUCGGUCAUUUUGAAUGAUCUGACCAAAAACGACUUCAAUAAUAUAUUUAGUGCACUCCCAUCAUUUUACGAGUUACUCAAGAAGAACCAUGGAUAUGAAUUUAGUCGAAAGUGUUUCAUUUCUGGUGUGGCGGCGUCGUUUUAUGAGAGGUUGGUUCCAUGCAAAAGCUUACACUUUGUGCACUCUUCUUAUUGUCUUCACUGGCUCUCUCAGGUGCCAGAAAAUCUAGAGAACAAAGAACAUAUCUACAUGUCAAAAACUCGAGAUCCUAAUGUCUUCAAUGCAUAUAAGAAUCAAUUUUAUAAGGAUUUCUCUUCUUUUCUAACUCAUAGGUCACAUGAAAUUCUACCUACGGGUAGAAUGGUUCUUACAUUAGUCGGAAGGGAGAGUCCUGACCCAUCUGAAGACGAUGGUUGUCACGUUAUUGAAUUAUUAGCUCAAUCACUUCUCGACGUGGUUUCUCAGGGGCUUAUUAAACAAGAAGACAUUGAUUCAUUCAAUUUGCCUGUUUAUCACCCAUGUAAGGAUGAAGUGAAGGAAAUCAUUCAUAAUGAAAAUUCCUUUGAUCUUGAAAAGCUAGAGGUUUUUGAGUGUGAUUGGAACCCUCAUGAUAACGAUUAUGGAGAUGGUGAUUACAAUUACAAGUUUGACAAAAAACAAAGAGGAGAAAUUGUAGCAAAUUCAGUUAGAUCGAUUAUAGAACCUACAUUGGUGCCUCAUUUCGGAGAACUUGUAUUGGACAAUGUGUUCAAAAGUUACGAAGAACGCGCAAUCGAUCAUUUUGAAACGGGGAAAGCAAAGUACAUCAAUCUUAUCAUUUGCUUGAAGAAGAAAUGA